AUGGCAUCCGAGUAUGCCGCCGCCCCUCGUGAGGCCUUCACCAUGCCCCGCUCAGAGUCCAAGUUCUCUGUGCCCGCGGUGGAGAACAUCAUCAAGGGUGUCUGUGAGGACAUGAUCGGCCAGGAGCGACCGUACGUCUACGAGGAAGCACAACUGCUCAUCAAGGACUUGUGCGCCGAGAUCCAGCAACAGACUGUGCGUCUUGGCUACGAUCGGUACAAGCUGGUCACUCAUGCAACGGUCACGGAGGCCGCUAGCCAAGGCAUGCGCGUUGCCUCGCGUUGUCUGUGGGACCCGGAAACGGACAACUACGCGUCCUACACGUACUCGAGUCAGUACAUUCAUGUCAUCGUCGUUGUCUUUGGCGUUUACUGGGAGUAA